AGGAAACCGCCGCUGGAUUGGGACACAGCCGUGAAAUCAGUGCGCAGCUGCCCAGCCAACAUGGGCUGAUGCUCGGGUAGUGUAUUCACCAGCAUCCGGCGAAACAAAACAAAAAGUCCGGAGAGCCGCCACACUUGUUCUCCCCUCCGGCCCCCGCUUGGCGCGUGUUGUGCUCCCGAACCCGGCGGGUUUACGUAACUGUGCACCAACCAAGCACAUUAAGAAGGCUCCACAAAUGAACUCUGGGCACACCUGUUAAUGGAAACCAUUCCAGUCGAAGGCGACCGGCGGAGGAACAAGGAAACGCCCACACAGAGAUCAGCCAAUCGGCUCACAAUGGACGUGUCUCUUUAGGAGUCUGACCGUGUGAACGCAUGAACGGAUCCCGAGCAUGGUCCUUUGUCAUCCCACAGAGGAGUGACCGUGUCCUUGCCCGGCGCGCUGGGAGAGGACCAUGGCCCUGAGUGACGCCUGUGGGGACCCCCCGGCCCUCAGCAAUGCCCCCUCCAACAUCAGCACACUGGCCGGCGGCGGCGGCCAGGACCCGCUCGCAGCCCCCCCGGCAGCCGACGGCGCGGCAUCUAAAGCUCCCCCCCAGAGGGUGCACGUCGUCCAGAGGGUGAACAGGCCGAGCCCAAACCGCGCUGUGGUUAAACAGAACGGCUCCCUGAGGACCCUUUCCCCGUCGCCCUCCCCCCCGCCGCCCACGGACCCCCACAGGGCGGCCAUGCGCAAUGGUUCCUCCUCCCCUGCUCUCCAUCCCUCGCCUCCCUGCUGCCUGCAAUGUCCCUUCCACCCGGCCCCGUGCUGCCCGUGCGGACAGCAGGAGUGCCCGCUGUCUCAGAACCCGCCUCCAGGCCCGGGGGCUGGCCCGGCCCCCCACGCGGGGUCCGCUCCGUCCUGCCAGUGCUGCCUCCCCGCCUGCACGUACUCUCACCCCCAUCCUCCUCCCCCUGCCUCCCCGCUCGGCCUCCAGCACCAGCAUCACCAGCGCUGGCAGGAGCACCUCCACAACCAGACUGCUGGAAUCAGCCCUCCGAGGCCUUUUCGAUUCCCCAAAAGCUAUGCCGAGCUGAUAGCUGAUUGGCCCGUGGUGGUGCUGGGGGUGUGCACGGUGCUCAUCGUGGUGUGUGCCCUCGUAGGCAUCCUGGUGCCCGACCUGCCCGACUUCUCUGACCCGCUGCUGGGUUUUGAGCCUCGGGGAACAGCCAUUGGCCAGCGACUGGUCACAUGGAACAACAUGGUGAAGAACACGGGCUACAAGGCCACGCUGGCCAACUACCCCUUCAAAUAUGCUGACGAGCAGGCCAAAAAUCACCAUGCACCCAGGUGGCCUGAGGACCACAGUGAUCGAGACAAACGACAAGCAGAGUGGGACUUCAGCAAAGAGUUCUUCUGCGAUGUGCCAAGCGACCGUUACUCCAGACUGGUGUUCACGUCAGCCGAGGGGAAGAACCUGUGGAGCCUUCAGGCCAUCAAAUCGAUGUGUAGCCUGGACAACUCGAGGGUCCGUUCCCACCGCGACUACUGGAGCCUGUGCCAGCGCACCAACGACGCCUCCUGCUGCCCCAGCUGGACGCUCGGCAACUACGUGGCCGUCCUCACCAACAGGUCGUCCUGCCAGAAGAUCACAGAGCGCGACGUGACGCACACGCUCAAGAUUCUGCGAUCGUGCGCCAAGCACUACCACAACGGCACGCUGGGGCCCGACUGCUGGGACAUGGCCCUGCGGCGCAAGGACCAGCUCAAGUGUGCCAGCGUGCCGCGCAAGUGCACCAAGUACAACGCCGUCUACCAGAUCCUCCACUUCCUGGUGGACAAAGACUUCCUCAGUCCCAAGAGCCUGGAGCACCCCCCCUCCGUGCUCAAGCACAGCAUGCUCUUCUCGCCCACAGAGAAAGGCGAGUCCAUGAUGAACAUCUACUUGGACAAUUUUGAGAAGUGGAACUCCUCGGACGGCAUCACCACCGUCACGGGCAUCGAGUUUGGCAUCAAACACGACCUGUUCCAGGACUACCUGCUCACGGACACGGUGUACCCGGCCAUCGCCAUAGUGAUCGUCCUGCUGGUCAUGUGCGUGUACACGCGCUCCGUGUUCAUCACUCUGAUGACCAUAAUUGCCAUCAUCAGUUCGCUCAUCGUGUCCUACUUUCUGUACCGACUGGUCUUCAACUUUGAGUUCUUCCCCUUCAUGAACCUCACGGCGCUCAUCAUCCUGGUGGGCAUCGGCGCCGACGACGCCUUCGUGCUCUGCGACGUGUGGAACUACACCAAGUUCGACAAGCCGCACGCGGAGCUGUCCGAGACGGUCGGCGUGACGCUGCAGCACGCCGCGCUCUCCAUGUUCGUCACCAGCUUCACCACCUCCGCCGCCUUCUACGCCAACUACGUCAGCAACAUCACCGCCAUACGCUGCUUCGGCGUCUACGCCGGCACCGCCAUUUUGGUGAACUACAUCCUGAUGGUGACCUGGCUGCCGGCUGUGGUGGUGCUACACGAGCGCUACCUGCCCAGCCUGUUCCCCUGCGCCAAGCCCCCGGAGCAGCAGCAGCAGCAGGGCUGCUGCACCCGGACCUUCUGGGCGGGGUUCUGUCAGAAGGCCAACGACUGCCUGUUCACCGUCUCCGAAGGCUCCCGCAUCUUCUUCGAGAAAGUGCUGCCCUGCGUCGUCAUCAAGCUGCGCUAUCUCUGGCUCUUCUGGUUCCUCGCCAUCACGGUGGGCGGGGCCUACGUGGUUUGCGUCAACCCGAAGAUGAAGCUGCCGUCUCUGGAGCUGGCCGAGUUCCAGGUGUUCCGCUCCUCGCACCCGUUUGAGCGAUACGACGCAGAGUACAAGAAGCUCUUCAUGUUCGAGAGGGUUCACCACGGCGAGGACCUCCACAUGCCAAUCACCAUCAUCUGGGGCGUGUUGCCUGUGGACAACGGCGACCCCCUGAACCCAAAGAACAAGGGCAAGCUGAUGCUCGACAGCAGCUUCAACAUUGCCAGUCAGGCUUCUCAGCAGUGGAUUCUCAACUUCUGCCAGAAGCUGAGGAAUCAGAGCUUUGUGUUUCAGUCGGAGGAGCAGGACUUCACCAGCUGCUUCAUCGAGACGUUCAAACAGUGGAUGGAGAACCAGGACUGUGAAGAGGCCUCCGUGUACCCCUGCUGCAGCCAGUCCACCUUCCCCUACAGGCAGGAGGUGUUUGAGUUGUGCAUCAAGAGGGCCAUCAUGGAGCUGGACCGGAGUACCAACUACCACCUGGACAGCAAGACCCCCGGGCCUCGAUUCGACAUCAACGACACCAUUAGAGCCAUAGUGUUGGAGUUCAAGAGCACCUACCUGUUCACCCUGGCCUAUGAGAAGAUGUACCACUUCUACCUGGAGGUGGACGCCUGGAUCGCCGAGGAGCUGCGGCACGCUCCGGCAGGCCUCAGCCACGGCUGGUUCAUCAGCAACCUGGAGUUCUACGACCUCCAGGACAGCCUGUCGGACGGCACUCUGGUUGCCAUGGCGCUGUCGGUGGCCGUGGCCUUCAGCGUGAUGCUGCUGACCACCUGGAACGUCAUCAUCAGCCUGUACGCCAUCCUGUCCAUCGCCGGCACCAUCUUUGUGACGGUGGGCUCCCUGGUGCUGCUGGGCUGGGAGCUCAACGUCUUGGAGUCUGUCACCAUAUCCGUCGCGGUCGGGCUCUCGGUGGACUUCGCCGUGCACUACGGCGUGGCCUACCGGCUCGCGCCUGAGCCCGAUCGCGAGGGGAAGGUGAUCUUCUCCCUCAGCCGCAUGGGCUCUGCCAUCGCCAUGGCAGCGCUGACCACCUUUGUCGCCGGGGCCAUGAUGAUGCCCUCGACCGUCCUGGCCUACACCCAGCUGGGCACGUUCAUGAUGCUGAUCAUGUGCAUCAGCUGGGCCUUUGCCACCUUCUUCUUUCAGUGCAUGUGCCGCUGCCUGGGACCCCAGGGCACCUGUGGCCAGAUCCCCCUUCCCAAGAAGAUGCAGUGUCAGGUGUUCUCCGAGGUCACAUCCACAUGCCCCUCCCCUCCAGGGAAAGGCUCCGCCCUCGGGAAGUACCAGCUGGGUAGCAGGGACGGCGAGGUGGAGCACUAUGAGUUGGAGCCCCUGGCCUCGGCUCAGAGGCCUGAUGGUUUCCCCGGUGAGGAGCAGGAGGAGGAGAGUCCUCGGUCCCACCCCCCCUACAAGCAGAGCACGCCUUCCAGGGUCCAGUGCUCUCAAAGGGCUAACUGCGCCUGUGGGGAGCCCCCUCCUGCUCAGCACCAUCCUCAGCAGUGGACCCCCCACUGUGCUCCGCCUCCAAAGGACGCCCCUUCCUGCCGCCCCCCCCCACAGCUCUCAGGAACGACCCAGGGCACCCUGCUCCCUACGAACCUGGAGCCGGUCUACACACACACAGAGUGCCGGAUGCACUAUGUCCACUGCCUCCCCAGCCAUUUCCACCACUGCUCACAGGGGAGAGCAGCGCCCCCCAGGCAAGGACCUGCCCACAGCUGCCAUUUCAGGAAGUAUUGCGUCCACAAGGCAACGCUGCAGGCUGCUUGCACAGACGUGGACCCGCCCCCCCACCAGCACGACCAGACACACGAGACGGGGGCCCCGAGCCUCAGCGACAGCCACCCGACUCUGUGCCCCUCCUCCCACUCGCCGAUGGGAGGGGGCAGCGGCGCCGAUAAGCACGCGUCCACUGACCCCCCCCCACAAACGGACGCCUGCUGUAGAAUCGCUGGCAAACAGGAGAAGCUCAAAGGUUUGAAAAGCGUCAAAAAGUGCAAGAGGAGCUCCAGGAGCCGGCGGGCGGCCUGCCCCCCCCCCAAGAAGCUCUACUGCUUCAACAGGACGUUGAAAGUCAAGUGCAAUUCAGCUUCAGAGUCCAGCGCGCCUCCUUCUGCCCCCACCAAGCGCUCCUCUGAGAGCUUAUGUUGAUGACAAUGUGCCUCGAGGUGUCCAUCCACGCCGCGUUCACAGCCGCGCUGGACGGGCUCGCAUCCGUUUGCCCCCCCCCCCCCCC